GGCUGGUCGAUCAUGACGAAACCCUUUAGCUGACUGUUUGGGUUCAAGCUAGUCUAUGUGAUGUAGGCCAGUGGCCAUCACGCGCGAGCUUUGGUCGUGUGGUCUACUCUUCAUGUGUGUUACAUUAGUCAAUAGAGGUGUCGUAGACCUACUGCUGGAUUAUCGUUCUGGACUACUUAUCUCUUUUGUAAACAACGAUUUCAUCAUCGCCGAGCUGUGCACCAUGAAUUGCCACUUACACUCAAGACAUCAAUUUAAAGUGUUGCAUAAACUUGUAAAAAGUUAGAUUAAAAAAUUUAAAUUAACUUUAAAUUGUUUCAAUAUAGAAAUCUGUUAUAACUUGUGGUAAUACUGUUAUUCAUGGAUUACCAUCAGAAGCAACACAAGUUUUUCUUGUUGUGUAUUAUGCUGCCAUGUUGCUGUGUGGCUGAUACCAGGUAGAAUGUAACAAGAACUUCAUCAAUGAUGUACUUUAACAAACUAACAGCUUAUUAAAAUGGAUUGCCUUGUUGAAGAUAAUGGUAAUGCCAAUGUGUUGGUUGAUUCUGAGAUAGUUGAAGGCAACUUGAAUUCUAGUCAUUUAGAAGAUUGUCAACAGGAUAGUAGAAGUCCACAAGGAGUUCCAUGUGAAAUGUCUCCCAGGACACACAAUGAUCUAGUGUAUCAAACAGCUGACAGGCCAAGAAGCUACAGCAGUCCGUUUUGUAUGGAUGCUGAUUGUAGGUGCAAUAAGAAUAUCCAACAUGCUGCAUCUACUUGUGCCCAAGAACAUUCAACAUCUCCCAGUGUUCUUGAGGCUAAAAAAAGAAGCUUUACUUGUGGUCAGACAGAUCUAGUGGCUAUUAACAACAAUUUUCAGACGGCUGUUCAAAACACUGAGCCUUGUAAAUUAAUUGAUCACAGUGAGGGAAGAGGAACUGAAGUGAAAAAAUUACAUUCCUCAACAUCUGCUGCAAAUACAAAUAGCCCUAUCACUGCUUCUCUUCCCAAAUUGGUGGUUACUCCUGAUGAACAAUCUGGCAAAAAUGUUAAUAAUUCUCCAUCACUUAGGAGAAAACAGUCUAACUCACCGGUGAUUAGUUCUUCCAAUCAUAACAGUUGUGAAUCAAAAUGUGUACAUAAUGUGGAUGUAGAGUUUAGGAGUGUAGACAUUCUUAAAAAAGAUCUCAGCCUUCUAAAGAGUGAAGGAGAGGAUUCUGUGAAUCUGUCUCCCCGCCCCCAAACACUUAGUAGCAAAAUUCAAAACAGACUGAGUGGAGGUCGUAGUCAUGUAAACCUGAGAAGUAGGAGAGUUCUACAGGUCUCAGGGAGAGAUCUCAUGUACUGUGAUACACCUGUCUCACCAAUACCUAAAGAACUCUUGUAUGAGUUGCAUGAUUUGGAUCAUGAAAAUGAAGAUCUGUCAGCAGAGGUUGUAUAUUCCUUACAAUUGAGGAAUUAUGAUAUCAAGCAAGUCUUAGGAAAAGGUAUAAGCAGCACUGUCAGGAGGGUUGUAGAGAAAACAACUGGUCAAGAAUUUGCUGUGAAGAUAAUUGAUAUUAGUGGAGAGAAGGGCGAGACAGCCCAGGUGGAACAAACCAAGAAAGACACCUACAGAGAGAUUAGAAUACUACGAAUGUGUGCCGGCCAUCCUAACAUUAUUGAGCUUCAUGAUGUGUUUGAAACCCCAACGUUUAUCUUUUUAGUCUUUGAGAUUUGUAAGAAAGGUGAACUGUUUGAUUACCUUACAUCAGUUGUAUCGCUGUCUGAGAAGAGAACUAGGAUAUUUAUGCGCCAACUUAUAGAAGCAGUUGAUUUCUUUCAUGAUAAGGAUAUUGUACAUAGAGACCUUAAGCCAGAGAACAUCUUGCUUGAUGAUAACCUCAACAUCAAAGUAUCAGAUUUUGGAUUUGCAACAGUUGUUGAACCUGGUGAAGAAUUAGUUGAACUAUGUGGUACACCAGGUUACCUGGCCCCUGAGGUAUUGGCACACUCAAUGUAUGAGAAUGUAUCUGGAUAUGGGAAAGAAGUGGAUAUGUGGGCUUGUGGUGUUAUCAUGUAUACACUAUUGUGUGGUGCUCCACCCUUCUGGAACAGACGUCAGAUGAUGAUGUUGAGAGCUAUUAUGAGUGCAGAUUACACUUUCAACAGCCCAGAAUGGGAUGAUAUAACAGAACCACCCAAAAACCUGAUUCAGAAAUUGCUUGUUUUAAAUCCACAAGAGAGGUUAACAGCCAAACAAGCAUUAACACACCCAUUCUUUCAUAGUAUGCGGAGACCAGCAAUUGCUGUGUUAUCAAUAUCGGUAAAAAAUCUUCUAGAGAUAGCUGAGUUACACAAGUUCAAUGCUCGUAGGAAAUUUAGAGCUGGUGUAUAUUGUGUGGUUUUCUAUAAUCGCCUAAACUUCUGUUACAAGCACCCACAGCCAAUAUCUAUAGAAACUGUACGUAAUAAUCCUUAUGGACUAAAGGCCUUACGCAAAAUUAUAGAUACAUGUGCAUUUGGUAUGUACAAACAUUGGGUCAAGAGAGUUGACAACCAGAACCGUGCUGCGCUGUUUGAACAUACUUUACGUGAUGACUGGAAGCACAACUUGAUGACCAUUGAUGGUAUACAAACUUAAAUUUAGUAUACAAAAAAAAAUAGAAUUUUACAUAGUACAAAUUUAAAUGCUGAAUAUGCUUUAGAAUUUUACAUAUCACAUCAAAUAUUAGAUAUAUAUAGAAAAUUAAAACCAAACUGUUGAGCAUGUUCAUUUAUUAUUUUAACUUUAAGAAAAAGAUCUUUUUUAAAUUACUGCACAUAAAGUCUAAAGUUUUACCAUUUUAACUUUUUAUGCAUUUUCUUCUUAUAAUAAAGUUGUUUGAUAUUUAAAAAAAACUUUUACAAAGGUUUUGAAAUAUUUAUGAAAGAAUGUUUUAGAAGGUUCAUAUAAAGAUGUGCAGAAUAUAAUGUUCAGGUUUGAAAUACCUAACUUUUUUUUUGUUUCCGGUGAAGAAUACUUCAUUGUACAUUGUGUUUUUUUUUCUUCAUAAUUUACAGAGCACAAAUUUUAAAAUGUGUUGUUUUGUUACAUUUGAAUGCUUUAUUUUAAUGCCAUUGUAAUGUGAGGCCUCACACCCCUACAUCUAUGAAUGUUUCCCCUCCAACUGUUUGUCACCUUACACAUUGCCAGAUUUAAUUUAUUUAAAUGAUUCUUUGAAACCUUUCUUGAUUUUAAAAGAUUUUAGCCUUUGAGUGUUUCCAUUAGAAACUUUAAUAAAACAUUGUAAUAUUAUUUCU